CACGUUGCACAAAUGUGUCAAGCGCCCCGGAAUGGGUGAUGGUUUGGCGACGUGACCUGACACCUAACUGACAAAAAGACGUCUGAUACCGUCUGGCGAUCGAUUAGCAAGAUUCUUAGCUUUCGGAUAUAAAAGCUAAGACAGGCCUGCAGUCAAAAAGUGCUCAAGACAGACCAUUACAUCUAACAUUCAGCACUGACUACAUGAGCGUUCAUUUAUUGCUACCACAUGGAGCCCAUUCCCUCUGUUGAACCCAUGAAGACACUUCCGUACUGCUGUAACUGGAUGAAAUACCAUUGAUGUGUGACCAAAGUGUGGUGAUGCCAGGAGGUGACAGUGGUCCAGAUGGGGUGGAGCCUACAUUGCCUUCAAGCACAGAAGGAGUGGGACGGGAGACGAGGGUGCCGUCAGGGCAGCAGGAUGGACAGUCCGAGGGCCUCAGGGGAGAGGAAAGCGGAGCUUCAGGUGGAGAAGUGGGGCAGGAAGACGAAGAGAUGACUAGCGCUUCGCAUGACCUUUCCUCAUCAGCCAAUCACAGCCCUGGGAGCGCCACAGGAUCCACCUCAGUUUCAACCAAGAGCAGUGACCGUGCAGACAGUGGCAGAGGGCAGGCGCACAGAGAGGUGAUGAUCACAGUGGCUGAGAUGAAGAAGAGGCUUCCAUCAGACAAACGCAGCCGCAGCAAAGCCAGCACUGUGGAGGCCUUACAUUACGCGCUCAACUGUGUCAAGCAAGUGCAAGCAAAUAGUGAAUACUACAAACUGCUGAUGCGAAAUGGGCAGGAUGAGAGGGGCGAUGCCACUAUUUGCACACUGGAAGAGUUGGAGAGAGUCGUCUCUGAACACACCCUCAAAAAUACGGAUUCCUUCGUGGUGGUUUUCUCCCUGUCGAGCGGCCGCGUGAUGUAUGCGUCGGAGCAGACUCCCAGCAUCCUUUGCUGCAAGAGGAAGUUCCUGGAGUCCGCCAAGUUUGUGGAGCUGCUCUUCCACCAAGAUGUUAACGUCUUCUAUUCACACACAGCGCAGCCACAUUUACCACCGUGGAGCAACUCACACACAGCGGGGGUUUUAUUUGAUUGUGCCCAGGUCAAGUCUUUCUUCUGCAGAAUCAGGGGCGGGAAGGAUCGUGAGGGUGAGAUGCGUUACAACCCAUUUCGGAUAACACCGUACCUGCUGAGGGUGCAGGGAACUGGGAGUAGUGGGGAGGAGGAGGAGCCGUGCUGCCUGGCGCUGGCUGAACGCAUCAUUUCUGGAUAUGAGGCUCCUCGGAUCCCCAUGGACAAGCGCAUCUUCACCACAACACACUCUCCUGGCUGUGUGUUCCUGGAAGUUGAUGACAGGGCUGUGCCUUUGCUUGGAUACCUUCCUCAGGAUCUGAUUGGCACAUCGUUGCUGACUUGUAUUCACCCAGAAGACCGUCCACUCAUGCUGUCGAUGCAUCGGAAAGUGCUAAAGUAUGCAGGCCAGCCUCCAUUUGAGCACUCUCCAGUGCGUCUGCGCUGUCAGAAUGGAGACUACAUCACUUUGGACACCAGCUGGUCCAGCUUCAUCAACCCUUGGAGUCGCAAGGUGGCCUUCAUCAUCGGGAGGCACAAAGUCAGGACGAGUCCUUUGAAUGAGGACGUGUUUGCUGCUCGUUCAAAGGAUGAUGUUCCAAUCACUUAUGAGGAAAUAAAAGAUCUCCAAGGGAAGAUAUAUAAACUAUUUCUCCAGCCGGUCCACAACAAUGGUUCCAGUGGUUACGGUAGUUUGGGAAGCAAUGGGUCUCAUGAGCACUACAUCAGCGUAGCUUCUUCAAGCGACAGCAAUGGUAACCUGUGGGAGGACUCACACCGGGAACCGAUGACUUUGCAGCAGAUCUGUGCUGAUGUGAACAGAGUGAAGAGUUGGGGCCAGCAGGCAUAUCUGGGUUCCAGCCACAAAAUUGCUCUUCUUGGCAAACCUGCAGCAGCACCUCUGCCCCCUACAGCCUCCAACCCUGAGGUCAGAGAGCCUGAAGAAAGCAGGAAGCAAACACACAUUCCCUCCUAUCAGCAAAUCAACUGUGUGGACAACAUCAUUAGGUAUUUGGAGAGUUGUACAGGUCCAGCCCUUAAGCGUAAGAGUGACUGUCAUUCCCUGGCCACCUCUUCUUCUUCAUCAUCUACCUCAGAAGAUGACAAGCCUGCGGGAACCACUGAUGCGGCUCAGGCCAGUUCAGACGUGGUGGUGCUGGACAGUGAAGUGUCAGUGGGCCCUACAGCAGCAGCUGUAGUCGGGCCACCUCUUACAGAUAUCACCAUGUCAACAAAGGCUAUGAGCGUAGUCUCGGUCACCAGCCAGUGCUCGUACAGCAGCACCAUCGUCCAUGUGCCACAGCCAGAGUCAGAGGCCACAGCACUGGAGGAUGCUCCAAUGGGGAGUGAGCCUACUGAUGCAGCUCCAACCCCAGUCCGUCCAGCCCCAAGCCCCGCCACAGAGGAACGAAGAUUUGUGGGUCUCACUAAGGAGGUGCUCUCGGCUCACACCCAGAAAGAGGAGCAGGAGUAUGUGGAUCGAUUCCGUCAUCGCAUCCUUCAGAGCCCCUACAGCUCGUAUUUACAGCUGGACAACAGCUCUAUGGCUCACUCUCACCACCCAGGAGAUUACCAACGUCCGAUGAGGGCUGCAGGUUGUAAUCGCUCUCGAAGAGGAAAGCCCAGACCCAAGCGAGCCAAACCUCAAGGGUCCUCAGACAGCUAUGCCUCCCCACCUGGCCCACCUCGCCGUGUCCCUGACUCCUCCUGGCCCUCCUCAGAGUCCUCCCAGCCCCAGAUGGGGGCACCCUUCAGCCAAACAUCCCCACUCCAGGUACCAUUCUUCCCUGUCAUGGGGAAGACUGGCCAGGAGCAGCAGGUGCCCGGACCAACUCCUAUGAUGCUGCAGCCUACUGACACACUCAGCUACAACUUCAACAUCAUGCAGCCUGCCCAGAACCUGCCAGGCAUGCAACCAAUGCAGAAGGAACCCAUUCAGAAUCUGCAGAAUAUCCAGAACUUUCCCACCUUCCAGCCAAUGACUUCACCCCAGAGCUUCAACCCUUACAUGACUCCAGUCAUGGCUGUUAUCCUGCCCAACUAUCCAACUUUUACUCCAGGUUACCCGUCCAUUUUCCCACCGCCUGCUCCCUCUAUGGUGUCCCAGGCACCCAUCACCAUGGCAAGCUUUGCACCUGCCAGUGCCUCCUUCGCUCAGAUUCAGCCUCAGUUCCAGCCCCAGCCUCAGCCUCAGUUCCAAGCCCAGCCUGGCCUCAACACUCAGACAUCUCUAGGUCUUCUGCUUUGCUCACCAAGACCUAGCUCUUCUGUCGGGGAGGAGGAGGAAGCAGCUGGGCCUCGGGCUUUAUUCUCCAGCUCUCGCUCAAGUUCUCCACUGCAGCUCAACCUGCUACAGGAAGAACUGCCCAAGCCAAAUGAAGGGCAGAGCAGCACCGGGCACAAUCACGCUGAGAGCCUCCAUGAACAACAUACCAAUGAAGGUGAUGCCCCCAGUGACUCUGGCAACCAUGAUGCUCAGUCAACAUCCAGUGAGCUGCUGGACAUGCUGCUGCAGGAGGAUGCCAGGUCAGGGACGGGCUCCAAUGCCUCAGGAUCUGGAUCGGGGGAGUCUGGAGGCUCACUGGGGUCGGGAUCUGGCUCUGGCUCCAAUGGAACCUCCACCUCACAUACUGGCAGCAGCAACAGCAGCAAAUACUUUGCCAGCAAUGAUUCAUCGGACACCUCACGCAAAGCUCGUAAGAGCCAGGAGGCACCCACAGAACACCAACACAACUUUGACACUCGUGUGGAGAAUUCCCUGUGGACCAUGAUCCAGCACACACCUGAGCAUGUCAUGAUGACCUACCAAAUCCACACCAGGGACCAGGAUGAGGUGUUGGCAGAAGACAGGGAGAAACUUCGAGUACUUCAGCCUCUUCAGCCCUGGUUCAACCAGGAGCAGAGAGAGGAACUGGCUGACGUCCAUCCCUGGAUUACACAGCACACCAUCCCACAAGAAAUAGACACACAGGGUUGUGUGAGCUGCAGCACCAGUGCAGGCUUGACCCACUCCCCUCACCCACCUGCACCUGAUAGCUCAUCACCUCUGGAGAACCCUCAGCAGGACUCCAUAGGACCCGUGAUUGACACUUAAGAGACCCAAAACAACCACCAACUAGCUUACAAUGCGAACCAGCCCUGUCAGAAACCUCAACAAUUCCCACCAUGCAUCUCUUCUGACCAGUCCGGAGGAGUGGGUCCCUGUUCUUGAGUCUAAAGUGUAACAUGUUUUGUAAAGGUAACAGAGGCUGGACCAGGCCCCGAGGAACAGAGGAGACGAGAGACGGGCAUUUUACUGGUGUUUUCUCUGUCAGCCUAAUGUGACUGUUGGGCCGUGAGUAUUAUACCUCUCUUAUUCUUGUGUUCAUAGAACCCCUGGAGGGGUUUAGGUUGAAUUUAAGACUGUCCAAACUGCUUGGGCGCCAAGAGCCACCAGGUGCUCAGGAUAUGCAGAGGGUCCUUUUUGUUGCUGUCCCUGAAUAUGAGCACUUCACACGAACCUGGUCUAAUGAACUGCUUUGACUGGGUGGGUAGAUGAAGAUAGCACUGGUCCAGAUUGAGUAUCAGAACACACGUCAGACUCUUCUUCAGUGACAGUACAGGUUGUACAGUGUGUGUACCACAUCGGCUCUUUCACUUACAGUGACUUACCAUGAUUGACGCAUGGUAGAUUUGUUUUCUGAUGAACACCAAGACAAAGACACAUUUGCUGCUCUCUGUUUAUAAUGUUCAGUUGGAAGUGUUGUAAGUUGUUAUUGGAGUGUACUCUUAUUCCAUAGGUUGGUUUCCUCUUGUCCAGAGCAUCAGUUUUUAUGGUAUUCUGACUCAUGAACAACAGCAAACAUGUUGAUGAUUUCAAAUUGAAAUUAGUGCUACAACACAAGUCUAGUCCGCUGCUCAAACCUUCCUGUAGCAAAUCAUUUCUCCAUCCAGAAUCCUGCCUGGUCAUCACCAUAUAAUACCUGUAGCUUACCUCUAUUUGUAAAGAGACACAGCGUGGCCCCAAAUUUCUGCUGAUAGCGCGUUUACUUACUGAAUGAAUUUCCUCUUAGACUCUGCAGCUGACUGGCUGUGUGUGUGUUUGUGUGAAUGAGAGAGAGACAGACAGUGAGGAACUGUCUAACCCAUUGUAGUUCUGUGAAUGUCGUCACUCUUCUUCUUGUACUGGAUUCAGAUCGCAAAUGGGCUCGUGAAUGUGUAUUAGUGUGUGUGUGUUGACUGACUGUGAGCUGCUUCCUUCAAUACAGUUGUCCAACAGUGCAAGACAGACCAGGGUUUUCUACCGUUUUUAGAUUUAAAGUAUAUUACAGUACCAUGUAUUUUAUAGAAAAUGUACACAAAACAAACUUCACAAAGAGUAUAAAAAGCCAUUUGUCUUGAAUUCAGGGACUGUUUGUUUGUGACACAAAGGAAUGAAUAAAUGAGCUAUGAUCUACUAAA